UUGGCCUGACACAUGCUGGUCAAGUGUCGUGUCUUCGUUCUUGCCCAUAUUGAAGAUUGGGCGUUAGGAAUGGUAGAUGGUCAAGUACGAUGACGAGAGGGGGGCCCUUGCAUGCCUUAUAUGUGGCCUGCUCGUAUAUGGUUUCCAGCGGAGCGCGGACUUCCACCCUUGGCACCCUUAUCAUUCCUCUGGGAUGUUUAUGCUGCCAAGCGACGACACGCACAAUGGUACCCACGUUAGAGGCAUCUCCGUCAUCCUGCUCGAGUUAUCUUCCUCAGGAUAGGCUUGGAAGUUGUAACUAUUGUCGAGGGUUUGAGUCAGUAUCCAAUAAGGUGUUGGCUGGCUGGAACCAUGUUGCAUGGCACCAAGAAACUCAAGAAACUCCCUUGGCGUCUGUCAUUGACCUACCUGUUCGUCAACUGCUGCCGAAUAGAGUGCAGAUAUCUAGACUCAUGCUACAGCUAGACAGAUGCGGUGACUUGUUCUACUAUGCCUUGUUGCCUGACUAGAAAUGUGUCGACAAAUGUGUGGAUUGUGGUGAAGUUGGUGGCGAUCAAUGGACGUCGUCGGAUGUCGGGCCAAGACAGCCCAAGACCCUGAGACUGCCAAGAACGGUAUGAACCCGCGGAGGUUUGCUUUUGCCAUCACUGCCAUGGAGGGCAACCCGGGGUCACCGUACACGUGCCAACCUUGUGGAGAGAUACGUGAUACGUAAUGAUUGUGAGCUGAUUCAACGACCGUGGAGGAAGGCGAUAGGAGCGAUGACAAGACCAAGCCCAGAACUAGAGAUGGCCGAUAACCGAGCAUAACACUCGGCAUGCAGCGUGAGGGCGAAUACAAAGACAAGCAAGCGAUGCGAAGAGAAGAGAAGAGAAGGCUUUGCCUUCAGUCUUGAGGUCGAAUGGUGCUUGAGAGGUUGCAAGACCUGCAAAAUUGACAAGCU